CCCACUGCAUUCCGGUAUAAAAGUAGGAUUCAUGACUGUGGAGGUUGAGGCAGUUCUGCGGGGCCCUACAACGCGCCGCGAGCUUCGAGGUAGGACGCGCAUGAUAAAGUGACGGACACGUUUGCAACACGCAUGCACGGCCCAGGAUACCACACCCCGUAGGCAACAAGACGAUGAACUGGUGUACUCGCGCUCCGUGGACAUUUGCAGGCACCAGCUGGCUAUCUUUAGUCACACUGGCACCGAGGCGAACAUCGAUGGAAGCUUCCACCGAGGCUCUUGAUGUGUCCGAACGUUCUGUGUUUCGCGCCCGGACGCUGUAAACUGUCAGUUAUGAGUGCGCCGCGGCACUGUCCGGGUGAUCAUACGUGGAGCACUGCGCCGUGCGCCAACGCGUUCAGCUCAGCUCCCGGCGAGGUGUUUGGAGCUAAGUUGAUCGAUGAUCGUCGACGUCGUGAAACGUGUUCUGCGAUCCGAGGCUCCAAGAAUAAUAGUGUGUGGCUGCAAAUCAGGGAUCGACAGCGUUGGCUACACGGGAGGAGCUCGCUUCUUGUUGUCGAUCGUUUCGACGACGAGGAUGAGCAACCACUGAGGCCGAGCCAGCCGGCGGUGACACUGUCCAAGACCGUCCAGCUCAGCAGGGCGACGGCGGAAGCUGUUUACCGCGGACAUUCGAUUAACACAGUUACAGUAGACUAUACAAUCGGCGACGGGGAGGGACAAAGGCACGACCUGAUGACGGGAGGUAUGGACGUCAACGCUUGCUCGGUGGAACAGAGAUCAGGCACGGUGCGUCAACCGGGAUGGAACUUGGAAACUGGACCAGUGGCGUUCGACUGCACCCCAGUAUUUGCGGGGACUUUCAAGCGGGUUUUGAGACGUGUGUCUGCGCCUCCCGCGUAA